CAUUAGAUGUAUAAUGAGUGGUGAACAAUCUGCACAUUCAACCAAGUACGAGAAGCUCGUUAUCAGUGAUAUGUGACCCUGAAUGAGGAAUUAAAUAGUGCAAUAAAUUAAAAGAAGACAGAGAUAAAUCAAAGGCGGAAGUUAAACUAAUUUGUGUUUUUAAACAGAAGUAUAUCGAGUUUGACAAUACAUGCAUUAUCAUUAUUUGGAUUAUGCUUGGGGUUUCGGUAGUAUGAAUAAUGGCAUAAUUGUGUUGUCGUUCGUGUUAUUAUCUAGUGCAGACGCCACGCUGUGAUGAUAACAACGCCCAAGAUUUGCUAAUAGUCUUGAAUCGAUGGACUUCGGUGACACAUAUAUUUCAAACGUUCAAACUAAUUUUACUCAGGUUACUCAAAAUUUCCUAACAAAACUCAAAGAAAAAAGAACGAAAGUUUAAUGCAAGAUACCUGCAAGGUUAACGGGGAAAGUCAGUUAAACACACAUUGACGAAGAUAAAGAAAUAGAAGAGUAGACAUAAAACAUGGGAAAGCUUACAAACACGAAUACAUGGUCGUUCUACGCUUCUGGAGCACUUCUGUUCACACUUUCCGGUGGAUUUCUCGUCCUCGUCGGAUUUGUAAUGCCCUAUUGGAUUGCAUUCGACCAUUCACCAUGUCCUGGCAGUUCAUACAAUGUGACCGUGUACGUUAGCGUCUGGUACGGCAUGGUUUGCGAUAUGGACAACCCGACGUACUGCCGGAUGAAGGGUAUUCGGCCACAGACCAGUUACAACUUUAAUUUCAGCCAGCUAGCUGGGUGUAAUGCGGAAGAGCUUUCUGUUAGAUUGGCUUAUGGAUUAGGUGGCUACGGAUUAUGGACGGCCGUGCAGAUUGUUACGUCAGUCGGCCUCGUUCUGAUAUUCGUGGCCUCAAUUAUGGUAGAGGCUUGGAGAUGCGGAGGGUAUCGUAACAGAGGAUUUGUCGCUGCAAUGUCUAGUUUCCUCAUCCUUGGAGGAUUUGCCGUCCUUGCGAUGGUGUUACUAGUUAUAAUAGGCCUUGUUCAAUGCUUCGGCGUACCGAAGAUAUUUGAAAGGGUGCCCCGAACGUUUGUGUGGUCCGUUCUUACUUCCGGUAUUGGUGCCCUUCUGGCGCUCGCGGGAGGCUGCCUAGCGACGGUUGAAGUCCGCAAAUGGGAAGAAUUUAGUGAAAAAUAUCACCCAAAUGAUGCUAAAGACGGUCCAAUGGAAACCGCACAAGGAACGUCUUCGGGGCAAACCAACAACCCUUACAGUAUUGAGGAAUCCAGCACUGCUGUUCAAAUAGAUUCCCGUCCAUCUUCUAGUGGUACCGAUGACAAGGAUAGUAUUCGAAAACGGGGGCAGGUCAAUAAAGGUUAUGAAAGUGUUACUAGAAAAAAUAAAGAGGAACAUCCCUAUGCAGUGCCUAUGAAGAACGAUGACAAGGAUAGUAUUCGAAAAAGAGGGCAGGUCAAUAAAGGUUAUGAAAGUGUAACUAGAAAAAAUAGCGAAGAACAUCCCUAUGUAGUGCCUGUGAAGAAAAGCAAUCGACGGGCGGAGCAACGAAAUGACCAUAUUCACACUACUGACCUGUAACCUAUGUGUUGGAUUGGUUGUAAAUGAUUUACAAUUAUGAAAUGCCUCUCAUUCUUUUUAUGACAUAAAACAACAAUUAAAAAUACGAAAACUACAUGUACACAAGGAAGUUAAGAUUAGCCCCUGCUAAAUAACAUGUAUACCUGUCUGGUGCUGGUUGUAAAAACACUACAAUGUAAUAGUUUUCUUUUAACCUAUUUGUAAUCAUGGCAGAAAGCAUUUUGUAAACCAAAAUAUAUGUAUGUUUAUUGGACCAUGCUUAGUUUUGUUUUACAAUUUAGAUUGGUUUAAAAAGGUUGUGUGUGUUUUUUAGUUACCACUGCAAAAGUAUAAAAAAAACUUACACAUUAAAUUUGUUAUGCAAGUGAUGCAAUCGGAUACAUGUAUAAUGUCAAUAUAUUUCAUAUUGUUAUGUUCAUGUUGUGAAAGUAAUAAAAUUUAUAAAAUUAACUACAUUUUCUUUUAAAUAAUGUGCAUUGCAUCACAAGUUUGUCAUAAAAUAGUAUUUGGUCUAACAAUUGUUUUCUUAAUUUUGGUUCGCAAAUGUCUAGAAUAUGUUCCAUGAAACAACUUUUUUCCUGAUAAAAACAAUACUGUAUUUGCGAAUAUUUGCACUAAGCAAUAGCUUAAGUCGUUGUAAACUACCAUGUGCAUCAAAUUAUUAUUGGAAAUACGCAAUUAUAUUGUAUAUUGAAAUAAACAACUGUAUCUUACGGCCGAUUUAAAGUAACAUUACUACUCAAAAUCCACGAAAAUUUCGAACAAUAUUUCGUAAAAUAAAGCUAAACAAUUAAAAAUCAUUGUUCCUUAUGGCAAUUGCCGAAAUUUCAACACCAGAUGUAGUCUGGUAAAAUAGAUGUUUGUGAAUACAAAAUGCUCGUUUUUAUUAUGGUUUUAACAUGGUACCAUUUUGGGGUUCGUGUGUCGUAUGAAUAAAUAUAUUCGCAGGAAAUUAGCAUGGAAUUUAUUGUGGUCACAAAUAAAUAAAAACGAGCAUUUUGUAUCCACAAAAAUCUAUGUAAUCAUACCACAUCUAGCGUUGAAAUUGUGGCUAUUGCUAUAAGGAACACUGAUUGUUUAGGUGUAAACUUUAUUUUACGAAAUACUUUUCGAAAUGUUCGUUGAUUUUGAGCGUUAUAGAGACUUUAAGGGUAUGGGUUAAGUGUUAACAGAUAUUUGUAUACGUUAUCUACAUACAUUUAUUAAACUGACUGUGUGUUAUUGGCAAACUGUACGUUCAUUAUGCUUUUUGUUUUUCAAAAUAACACAGUAAUGUAUGAAAGUAUUGAACAUUUGUUAAAUACUUGUUUAAGGAAAACAAUGUAUGACAGCCCAAAACAAAAAACGUUCGACCAGAAUUGUGCAGAAGUAAUAAUAGUACAAGGUAGACCAGUUUUGUAUACUCCAUUGUACGAAUUCACGAGGUUCGUGUUAUUGUUAGAGAUAAAAGGCUGAAUUAUACUAUGGCUGUCACGAUAGGCAAUUCAGUCCUACCAAGUUACUCCCAGAACGGCUAGAUUUUAGCCAUCGCUUAUCAGCAGAACUAAUCAGUGUUAACUGUUCUGUGGUCAUAAAGCAUACUCCCCUGUCAGGCUGACCACAGCCUGCUUGGCGAAAAUAAAUAAACCCAGCUGUUAUAUCUGGCCAGAUCUAAAUCUGCUGCACAUGUUUCAGAGGGUUAUCGACCAGUGUAAUUAGCAUUUGUGCCAAAUAUUAAUUGCCAAAAAAAAUAAAAAUAAAUGGAUAUGUAUAAAACGGGUAAGCUUGAAAUGUGUUAGUAAAAUAAUUUUAUGUUCACCUUUGUUAGAUUUUAAAUUUGACAUGUAACAAGAACCGAACAUGUAUUAUGAAAUGAUUGAAAUUAAAACUAAUAGAACUUA